UUAUAAUUUGUUUUGUCCUAAAUUCCCUUGGUAAACUUCAUUUCAUCUCUAUUGAGACUUCGACGUCGUCUUCUUCUAAGCACUAGUUCAUCACCAAAUCUCACCACCCUUCGCAACAUCACCAUUUCGAUUUCCCCAGCCUCACAGAACCUAGCCAACACUGAACUUCAUCCUCUGCUGGGGUUUUCUCAUCCUUUUCACAUUUCCAUCAUUUUCCACCGAUUAAAUCCCCUUCUCCACCGUUUAAAUCCUCUCCUACACAGGAUCUCCACUGAACAAACCUUCGAAUUUAGGGUUUGUUCGUCCCCUUUCCCUCUUUGGCACCAACACCUAGGGUUCAUAGUUAGUUUUGCUUCUACAGCUGCUUCCUCUGUUUGCCAACUACGCAUUGCACCUGAUUCCUUCGCGGAUCCUCCAUGACCAGGGGGUCUUCAUGUGAUAUCAGAGCCAGGUUAGGUGCAUCUUCAAGAGAUUUUAACAAACAUAACAGAUUUGUGUGUUUCUCGGUCGGAUUUCAUCGAUGGAUCUUCCUCUGACUAAACCGUCCUUCAACCCCAAUAAGCAUCUCAAAGAACAAUUUGUUAGCAACUUGACCGGAUCCUCUAUGCCCGAAAUCGUGGCACUUACAGUGACUGUUCCGGUUCUGGUUUUUAUUCGUCACUCCAUCUCCUCCAUUUCCAUUACUGGUGCCUCCCUGAAGAAGAAAAAUGACGAUGCACUUUCCUGUAAAAGGAAUUUCAAAUCAUACUUUGGCACAUUGUCUCUGGACUUUCUUGUUAUUGUUGUUCCUAUGCUCUUAUGUUUCACUGUACUUGCAAACUGGACCUAUAUCAUUACAUGUUCGUUGACUAUCUUGACAUUACUAUAUAUUGCAACCAAGAGGUCUGGAGGCUCAUCUUCUUUUGAAGGAGAGCCCAAUUCUCUUCGGGCAUAUGUCACUUCUUACAGGGUUCUUGUGAUGAUUAUAACAAUCCUAUGCAUCUUGGCUGUUGACUUCAAAAUAUUUCCUAGAAGAUAUGCAAAGACUGAAACCUACGGAACAAGUUUGAUGGAUCUCGGAGUUGGAGCAUUUGUCUUAGCAAAUUCACUAGUUUCUCGGCAAGCACGAAAUAUCGCAUCUGUAAGCUGGAAGACUGCAGUAGUUUCAUCAAGUCCACUUAUCAUCUUAGGAUUUCUCCGUCUUGUUACAACAACUGGUGUGGAUUAUCAGGUACAUGUCGGUGAAUAUGGUGUGCAUUGGAAUUUCUUCUUCACACUUGCUGCUGUGUCAAUCCUUUCUUCCUUUAUUAACAUUUCUCCUCAAUAUUGUGGAGUUAUUGGUUCACUUCUACUAGUAGGAUACCAGUUGUGCUUAGUGCAAGGUUUAAACCAUUACUUACUUUCUGAUGAAAGAGGAGUGGAUAUUUUAAGUCAAAACAAGGAGGGAAUUUUUAGCAUAUUUGGAUACUGGGGUAUGUACCUUCUGGGCGUUUAUUUAGGAAACUCUCUUAUCUUUGGUAGUCAUUCCUCUGGAUUUAGAAGUAGCAGAUGGGUACGGAUGAGGAUUUGGGCUCUCUCCAUCCUGUUUUGGUUAUUAACUGUACUACUGGACAGGCAUGUUGAAAGAGUUUCACGGAGAACAUGCAAUCUUCCAUAUGUUACUAUGGUAUUGGCUGACAAUCUACAGUUGUUAUCAGUUCUAAUGUUGGCUGAUCUUGUUCCUGGAAGGAAAACUUCAGUACUUGAAGAAGCAUUCAGUCGGAACUUACUGGCUACAUUUCUACUGGCAAAUAUUCUCACGGGGUUGGUAAACUUGUCAAUGGAUACCCUGUCUGUGUCAUCAAUCAAGGCUCUUAUUAUCUUGUUGGUCUAUGCUUAUAUUUUAUCAAUUGUAAUUGGUAUAGUAGAUUAUUUUGGUAUUAAAUUAAAAUUUUGGUGAAGCAGUCUAUUGCUAAGCUGUAGUCUGUUCUAUUAGUGUUAUUAUCUAUUUUCAAAUGAGAAUUCUUUCUUUUAACCA